CAUUUUUCUCACGUCCCCUGUUUGGGUUUGAGAAGCGAUGGCGCCAAGGGCGAGCGGCACCUCCCCCUUUCUCUUUCGUAUAUGUGUAUAUCGCAAGGUCCCCGUCGAGUAUUGGCCCAAAUCGGACGGCCAAGGUCGCCCUUCUGCACCACCAACAACGAGGAGGAAGGAAGAAACCAUCUCCCCAUCCUCCCUGCUCUCCCUCUCUCUCUAUCUCCCAUUGUGGGAAUCCGGGCAGUUGGGAAGCCCUUUGACGUGAAUCACUUUUCUAAAAAUUCAUAUCGGGGAUAGAGGGCGCCCGUAGAGGUACCGGCCUGGAUGGGUUGGGCGAUUGGCAGAUCCGGGGGUUCACAUUGUCUGCGUGGCUGACGAGAUGGAGAAAGGGGCCAAGGCGAAGGACGAGGGUUUCUGUAAUGGCCGAGUUCAGUCGAAGGAAGGUGUGGUGACUAGUGCGAAUUUGGGGAAGGAAACGGGAAGGGCAAAAGAUUUGAGACCACGCGGUGUGAAGAAGCAGCGGAGAUUGAUAUUGAGCGACAGCGAGUCUGAUGAGGAUUUGGGGGGCUCGGGUUGCUUCCGAAUUGGUGGGGACGAUCGUACUUUCGCUGUAGAUCGGACAAUAGGGGCUUCUCCAACGAGGGGCAACGAUGAGAUCGCGGAUUUUGAGGGAACGGGUACGGGUGCGGAAGAUUGCAAAGAAAAGUGUAUAGUUAAGAAAGGAAGAAGAAAUGAUGGGGACGGGGAUUUUAUUGAUAAUUCUAGAUACGUGGAAAAGGUGAAAGAUGCAUAUGGUCAAGCUUGUAAAGGUAGUGUUGAGGGCGGAGAAGAUCGUACAGGUGGUCAUGCUGAAUGCUGCGAGGAAAAUUCCUUUGGUAGGAAAAGUGGUAGCAAAGAUGCCUUCACUGACGAUGAGUCACUUGAUAAGAAAAUAAUUCCUGUAUCAACUCAUAUUGUCAGUGAUGACAAUGCUGCUGAUACUAAAAAGAAUAAGGGUUUUCCAGGCAUUCAAGAACAGAUUAAGACAGAAACUCUUCAGGUACCAGAUGAGAAUGUGGUUGGCAGUUAUUCAAGAGAGGCGAAUCCUGUGGGCGGAAAGAGGGAAAGGGAGCAAGAUUGUGCGUGGUUGGAACCGGACUUGCAACCUAAAGUUAAGAAAUUAUUAUCAUCUAAUGACAAUAGCAUCACUUCUAACAUCAAUGGAGUCAAGGUGCAGUUCAAUAGUCAUCGCCGAGCUGCGGAGAAACGGAUUAAGAUGUCUAAUGAGGUUUCUUUGCAAGUUAAGAGCGACGAGACAAGGAUGAAGCCACAUUUUGAAGAGAAUGAUCUGGGGACGCCAACUGUGGCAAAUGGCUGCAAGGAUCUACAGGAAAUAAUAAAAAGUAAUGAUUCAUCCGGUUCAAGAGACUAUACUCCACCAUUUUAUGAAACGCUAGCCAGUAGGAAGGCAAGGCUGUGUUCUACAUCGAUGGGUGUGGAAUGUGGAAGGUCUGGUUCUUCAUCUAUAAAUUCUAAGACCCUAAAAGGCAAAGUUGAGUCAGAAGGGAAGGGCUUGUCUGCACGUGGUACUCAAAAGACAAAGACGAUUGAAAAAGACUUAUGCUUAAAAUCAACUUCGAAGAGUGAGGAUGAGAUUGGCACAAGCAAAAAAGGUAAAGGUGUUGUAAUUUGGGACUCUGCUAUACACCACACUAGUCCUCCAGUAAUUCACAAGGCAACUGGGGAACUGCAGAAACAUGGUAAAACAGAACAGAUGCAGUUAGUGAGAGAAAAGGUGAAGAACAUGCUGUUGUGUGCCGGUUGGAAGAUUGAGCAGAGACCAAGAAGGGAUAAGGAUUAUGAAGAUCUUGUUUAUGUUUCUCCAUCAGGUUCUGGGUAUUGGUCCAUUCCUAAUGCCUAUCAUGCACUGAAGAAGGAACUUGACUCUAUAGUGAAAGAGGGAAGUUUAUGCAUGUUAUCAAAGUCAUACGACAAAAACCUGGAAGAAAAGCACACUGGACACUUAUGUUGUGAGGCAGAGAGUCCGUCAUGUUUAAAAAGCACUACUGGUUCUAUUUGUGCUCAGCAAAUUGACAGCAUAAAGAAUCUUAGUACGGUGCAGUCCCUAUUUUAUAGUUUUUCCAAAGAGGAACUUGACAUAUUGACACGGAAAAGAAAGAAUUAUGCGGGUUACUCCCAGACAAAGUUGAAGGUUAAGGUUGGAAAUAUUGAAAAAAUGAAGAAGAGCACUGACAGGGCUAAAUCCACGAAGAAUGUGGGUGCGAGUAAGGGACACAAGGCUGUAAAGGGGUCACCAGUUGUGCCCUUUGUAAAGGUGAAACAUAACAAAUCAGGUAAAGGUGCUGGAGCAAAUGGCUGUGACAUAAGGAUAUCGAAUAGCACAGAAAGAAAAGCCGUAACAGGGAAAUCUGUUGUUGCUGCCAUAAACUCUAAGGAUGUUGAUGGGAAAUCCUCAAACGAUCAUGAUCAUGAGUCACAUGCACUGGUUGGUACUUCACAUAAGAAAAGUUUGAAGCGUCAGUUUUUCCUGCUACCUGCCUCUGAAAAUCUUCAUGGAAGAAAGAAGAAAGGAAAGAGGAAUUGUACCCUGAUGGUUCGCAGAUCAUGUAAAGGAGAAAAUCUUGGUCCUGAUUCUGAUCUCAUUCCCUACUCUGGAAAGCAGACCAUCCUUGCAUGGCUGAUUGAUUCAGGCACUAUACAGUUGAAUGGGAAGGCAAAAUAUUGGAACAAAAAGCACAAAAGAGUGCUGAUGGAGGGACAUAUUACACGAGAUGGUAUUCUUUGCACUUGUUGUGGUAAAACUCUUUCAGUAGCAAAAUUUGAGAUCCAUGCUGGCAGCAAGUUGUGUCAACCAUACCAAAAUAUUUUUGUUGAAUCGGGAAUGUCACUUUUGGAGUGUCAACUGCAGGCUUGGAAUGCACAAGAAGAAUCUGAACGAUCUGGAAUGUAUAUUAUACAAACAGAUGAAAGUGACCAAAAUGAUGACACCUGUGGUAUAUGUGGAGACGGUGGUAAUCUAAUGUGUUGUGAUAGCUGUCCAUCAACUUUUCAUCUAAAUUGUCUGGGACUGCAGACACUUCCUCCUGGCCUUUGGAAUUGUCCACAUUGUUCAUGUAGAUUUUGUGGAAAAACUGGUGGAUCUUCCAGUGACCGUGGUGUUACUGUGAAUCUGAUGAAGACUUGCCUGCAGUGUGAGACAAAAUAUCACCCUGAUUGUGGCGAUGAGGACGGAUCAGUUGCUGAUUUUGAUAGUCAACUACCUUCCUUCUGUGGCAAUGAUUGUAGGAAGCUCUUUGAACAACUUAAAGAUCUUGUGGGUAUCAAGCAUGAUUUGGAUGGUGUAUUUUCUUGGACCAUUGUCCAACGAGAUGGUGUUCCGCAGUGCAAGCUUGCUGAACGAGCUGAGUGCAAUUCAAAGGUUGCAGUUGCAUUGAGCAUUAUGGAUGAGUGCUUUAUGCCUAUAGUGGACCGGCGGACAAGUGCUAACUUAAUACAUAAUAUUGUUUAUAAUUGUGGAUCAAAUUUUAAUCGAGUGAAUUACUCUGGCUUUUAUACGCUACUGCUGGAGAAGGGUGAUGAAAUAAUAUCUGUGGCAUCUGUCAGGAUUCAUGGUACGAGGCUAGCAGAGAUGCCUCUGAUUGGAACUCGUUAUAUAUAUCGGCGCCAAGGGAUGUGCAGGAGACUGAUGACUGCUUUAGAAUCUGUUUUACAUCGGCUUACUGUUAAGAUGCUUAUAAUUCCUGCCAUAGCUGACCUCCUGAGUACGUGGACCACGGUUUUUGGUUUUAAGCCUCUUGAGGAAUCACAUAGAAAAGAACUGAGGAGAAUGAACCUGAUGGUUUUCCCUGGAACUGAUUUACUACAAAAGCCAAUUCUUGGGCAUGGUGUCAUCUCAGAUAAUUCAGAGAAAAAGUUGGAUGAUCUGCAAUAUGUUGAGGACUGUCCAAUUGAGAAUACUGGUUCUAUUUCCAUGGAGGACACUAUGAAUGGUUCACAUUUCUGUCAGGGCGAAAAUCCCACUGCAGAAACUUACGAGACUCUUGUUGAUGACCCCACAGUUUCUCUUUCUGCGGUAAUAACAGAACAUGCUGAAGUUGCUGCUGAAGCCAGUUUACUAACGACUAAAGAGUCUAUGUUUGGUUUUACUGCUGGGGAGGUUGGUUUAAAGAUAAAUAAUCCACCGUCUUAUGAGGCCUCGGCUGCUAAUGUGAACUUGUAUGAUAAAAAUGAGGGCAUGACCGCUGAUUCUUAUCUAGCUGAAAUCCAACAUGCUGCUCCAGAACCUUGCUCCGGUCCUUCUAGCAAGGGUUCUUCAUUGUGUGCCUCAGAGAUGAUAUUUGGACUUUCUAAGGCUGGUAUGGGAUCCUUUGAUUCACCAAAUGAUAAUGUCAUAGAGGGAAAUAUGUCUGUAGAUAUUGACUUAAAGGUCAAUGAUGCCAAAUCAUCUGGGAGUGUCCUGACUGAAGAUGUUUCUGCUUCUGUUAUGGAUGCUAAAUGCAGUUCUUGUGUGGUUCAGGACUUUCAUGCAAUGUCAGGGACUCAGACCUUAUAAUUGAUACUUUUGUGGGGGAUCUUGCUUUGGUCCUUUGGAGGAUACAUUGCUUCUGAAGUUGCUCUUGGAUUUGAUGUCCUUGCUAUUGAUGAUGCUGUAUUUGACUGCCCAAUAGAGAUGACGUGCAACUAUCAAGGAAAGCAUCCUGUUUGUGUUUCAGAGUCUGGCUGCAUCCCCUGGGUCCAGGUGACACAUAAGAUGCCUUGCAAGGACUUGAGGUGCCAAAAUUUAGCUGGUGUUCUAGAAAUAGCCCUGCUUCAGAUGACAACUUGUUUUUGUAGCAUAUCCCCAUUAAGUGUCAUGAAUGUGGAAUGUGGGUGGAAUUAAUGUCCGUCGCCUAUUAAAAAUUGUGAAUUCAGAUCUUCUUCCAGGAACAUCUUUUUCCUCUUCAGUUACUCUAUAUCAGAAUUCAUCGCAGUAUCCUCAUCAGUUUCUGUGAGAGUAUAUUGACUCCCGUGAUAUGGUUGAAGAUGGAUCUGGAGCAGCUAUUUGCAACAGCAGCACAACUGAGCUUCCCGAGAUUGGUGCAUGUACAAAAAGGUACAUGUUGCUUAAAAUCCGCUUCUGUGAGUGUAUUAAUAAAGCAAGAAGAUCUCUGGUCCUGUUGCUACGGAUGUUUGGAUGCUGCUCAAGUGUCAGCUUCAAUGUACAGGUAACUAUAGGGGCAGCAGGCAGUCCUGUGGCUUGGAACCGUGCAGGACAGCUGCAAUGGGCACGCUUACAGCUUAGUGGGAAGACUGACAAGUGAUUCUUAGCGUGUUGCGGAACAAAAAAUUGCGCUACUUGCAGCUAAGCUACCACCUGUAUUGUUAGUUAGUGGAGAAUUUUGUAGGUACAGGGGGAAGUUGCAAUCGUAAGAGAAGACUGCAGUUUUCCUGCAGUUGUAAGUUUUUCAUUUCUCAUCUGUAUAGAUUAAAUGGGAUAUUUCUGCUAGAACGGCUGUGAAGAAAGAAGAAUGUCUGUCAAUUUCUCUGCAAAUCUACACUUGAACUUGGUCGUCACUAGAUAACAAGUAAUUCUGUGUCCGUAUGUGAACUGGAUUUAUUGUAGUAAAGUUGAAAACAGGUCAAUACUUUGUAUUUA